AUGGAUCCAACUCGACUUGCGCCUCCAGUAUUUGGUACUGGCGGAGGGGGCAACGGCGAUAUUGCAAGUCAGAAGACCUUGACGGCAGAACAGAAGAACCAGUGCCCAUACGGCGACACACGCUGGCCUCCUGCUAAUAUAUCGAUAUCCAAGCCUCUACACUUGUUGAGCGACGAGAGUGAGGAGCCAAUAUACUACCACUUGAUACACGAAAACAACAGCCCUCAAGUCGAGUUCUGGAAGGGCCCGGUGAAGGCCCAAGCCACGGCCGCCUACGCGGAAAAAGGCCUUACUUUACCAAUAUCGAAGAUAGGGAAGAGCAAAAAAGAGGUGAAGGCUGCAAAAGAGAGAGCGCUUGAAGAUGAAGCGCCGAGAGCGAAGACGGAAAUUGAGCAGGCUAGGGAUACGAAGAUGCUGAAAGAGUUGAGCAGUGGACCGAGGGGAACACUCUGGCAGCUUGACGAAGAGCACCUGCACGUUUGGCGAUGUAUCGAGGUGGUCCAGAAGGUGCAUGGGGCGGUGAGCCUUAGUGCCGAGCGGCGGGAAAUAUUUUCGAUGUUCGGUGUUGGCCUCAAGCGCAUCGAUGGUGAUAUGUUGAUGGUCAGCCAGAAGGCGUAG